CCGCUCUCUCGCUCUCUCUGGGCCAUGCAACAAGUGAUCAGCGUGAACCGUUGUACCCGAGUUUCCGAAUGGAAUUUCAAACGCUGCUCGACUGCCGGAGAAGUUUGUUGUGCAUUUUUUUUGGUGCGCGGCGUGCCACGGAUUGCGAAAAACAUACAAAAAAAAAAAAGGAAAAAAGACACAAUUACCCAUUCCCACACUUAAAAGUUGAAACACACAACUGAAGCCACAAGCCACAAAGCCACAGAAGCAGUCAAAAAUAGAGUUUUUUUUUUGUUACUCGUCAAGUGCCGUGCAAUUAUUUUGUUCUAAAAAGUAAUUAAUAAUAAAAGAAAACAAAAAAAAAAACCUGCAACAAAACAAAAACACAAAAUAAAGAGAGAAAUAAUAAUCAAAACUAAGCGAAAUUCUAAGCUCGGGCAGAAGACACGAAUGAAAUCCAAUCCGAGUUCUUCUCGCCUUUCUUCUAAUGUUCUUAGUGACGAAGUGACGUUGAAAGCAGUUGAGAAGAGGAAGAGUCACGGAGAAAGAGAAGCGGAAAGAAGCCACAAGAAGAAGCACCGAAGAAAGAUCUAAAAAAAAAAGUAAAGAAAAAGAAAAUAUAUAUAAAAAAAAAUAAAAAAAAAAACACACACACUAACACACACACUUGAUACGUAACGCUAGCUGCGAAGCCGGCCGAGACGUCAACGCCGGCAGCAGAACUGUUAACUGAAACGCAAGCCAACAACAACAGCAACAGCAACAAUGUUUCAACCGGUUUAAAGACCUCUGCCACGCCCCCUAUCCACUCCCAGAUCAGAUCCAGAAGAGCAGCAGAUCCAUUAUCCGCACACAUCCGCGUCCAUUCCGCGAUAGAAGCGGAAGCCACGGGAGCUGCUGGAAAGUCUCGUUUUCUGCGGACACCUGACCCGACCCGACCAGGACCGAGAAGGAGGAGCACCUAGACUAGGAGGAGGCGGAUAGCAGCUGCAAGACCGAGCCAUGGACUGGGCCGAAGGCGAUCUGGUCUGGUUCGACCCGGGGAUGGGUCAUCCCAUUCCCGGCGAGAUCCAGGAAGUGCAUCGCGCUGCUCAGGUGAUUGUUGUCCAGGCGCUCAUCAAAGGAAAGAUGCGCAUCGUCCGGUUCCACUUGGAGCCCUGGCAGCGUGGCGGCGGCGGCGGCUCCAUCACCCCCAGCCCCGCCCAGUCGCCCUCCCUGGCCCUGCUCUCGCCCCACGUCCUCCGCCGCCAGCGCCCGGCCAGCCUCGAGGAGGGGGACGGCGCGGACCUGCCGGCCAUGUCCGCCCACUAUCCGGCCCUGCCCGCCAGCCGGAGGCGCCGCCUCAAGUGCCACCGCUAUCCGCAGGUGGUGAAGCGACUCUCGACUUUGUGCAGCGAUGUGAUAGCCCGCCAUCCACAGACGUUCGCCCUCCAGCCCGGCGAGGGCAACCUCCGAGCCCGCCAGGACCUGGGCAGCAGUGGUGUGGAGGACAUGACCCUCCUGGAUGACCUGCACGAGGCGUCGCUCCUCUGGAACCUGCGCCUGCGCUACGACAAGGGCCUCAUCUACACCUUCGCCGGCAGCAUCCUGAUCGCCGUCAACCCGUACAAGAUGUUCCCGGACGCCUACGGCCUGGAGGUGGCCAAGCAGUACGCCGGCCGCCCCCUGGGCUCCCUGCCGCCGCAUCUGUUCGCCAUCGGAGCGGCGGCCCACGCCGCCCUGCCCUCGCCCCAGGUGGUCGUCAUUUCCGGGGAGAGCGGCUCCGGCAAGACGGAGUCCACCAAGCUGGUGAUGCAGUACCUGGCCGCGGUAGUGCCGGGCGGAGGAUCCGCCUCGGCGGUCAUCACCGAACAGAUCCUGGAAGCGGCACCGCUGCUGGAGGCGUUCGGCAACGCGAGGACCGCCAGGAACGACAACAGCUCCAGGUUCGGCAAGUACCUGGAGGUCUACUUCAAGAGCGGAGCCAUCGUGGGUGCCAAGAUUACGCAGUACCUGCUGGAGAAGUCCAGGAUCGUGACCCAGGCGCCGGGCGAGCGCAACUACCACGUCUUCUACGAGCUCCUCGGCGGCCUGUCCGAGUCGGAGCGCUCCAAGUACGGUCUCCUGGAGGCGGACAAGUACUUCUACUUGAACCAAGGCGCCACCGACUGCGCCAGCGGUCGGGUGGACUGGGAGUCCCUGCAGGGCGCCAUGCAGGUCCUCGGCGUCUCCGAGGGCGAACGCGAAGGCAUCGUCCGUGUCCUGGCGGCGGUACUGCAUCUGGGAAACGUUUACUUCCAUCGCCGGCAGCUGCGCCACGGCCAGGAGGGCGUGGAGGUCGGCUCGGAUGCGGAGAUCAAGUGGGCGGCCCACCUGCUGCACAUCAGCGCCGACGGACUGCACCGGGCGCUGACCAGCCGGACGACGGAGGCGCGCGCCGAGAGACUCCAUACGCCGCUGGGCAUCGACCAGGCCCUGGACGCCCGAGACGCCUUCGCGAAGGCGCUGUACGCCGGACUCUUCAACUGGCUGGUGUCGCGGAUCAACUCCAUUGUGCAGAAGGGCGGCACCCACGACGCCCACCGCAUCAGCAUCCUGGACAUCUUCGGGUUCGAGGACCUGGCCGAGAACAGCUUCGAGCAGCUCUGCAUCAACUACGCCAACGAGAACCUCCAGCUGUACUUCAACAAGCACGUCUUCAAGCUGGAGCAGGCCGAGUACGCCCGGGAGCGGCUCGAGUGGACGCCCCUCGCCUGGGACGACAACCUGCCGGUGAUCCAUCUGCUGGCCAAGAAGCCGGUCGGCAUCUGCCAUCUGCUCGAUGACGAGUCCAAUUUCCCGCGUGCCACCGACCUCAGUUUCCUCGAGAAGUGCCACUACAACCACGCCCUCAGCGAGCUCUACGCCCGUCCCCGGAUCGGCGCCCAGGAGUUCGGAGUCACCCACUACGCCGGUCAGGUGUGGUACUGUGUGGACGGCUUCCUGGACAAGAACAGGGACGCCUUGCGGGGCGAUGUCCUGGAGCUGCUGGCCUCCAGCCGGCUGACGCUAGUCGGGGAGCUGACGAAGCAGCUCCGAGCCCAGCGGGACGCCGGGAAGACCCUGCCCAAGGGCAGCAACGGAAGAUUCGUGACCAUGAAGCCGAGGACGCCGACGGUGGCGGCCCGGUUCGCCGACUCCCUGCAGCAGCUGCUCCAGUCGAUGGGCAGGUGCCAUCCGUGGUUCGUCCGCUGCAUCAAGCCCAACCAGGAGAAGCACGCCCUCCGCAUGGACAUGCCGUGCGUGCUGCAGCAGCUCCGCUACCUGGGCAUGCUGGACACCAUCCAGAUCCGGCAGCGCGGCUACCCGGUGCGCCUCCGCUUCCAGCACUUUGUGGAGCGGUACCGCCACCUCCUGGCCAGUCCGCUGGCGCGGGGAACGCCCUACCGGGAGCUGUGCCGCGUCCUCCUCGAGGCCAUGCCGCGCACGGGUGUCGAGGGCCCGGACUAUCAGCUGGGAGCCACGCGGGUGUUCCUGCGCGAGGCUCUGCACCGCGCCCUGGAGAGCGGCCGGACGGAGCGGCUGCGGCGGGCGGCCGUCAGCGUCCAGCGCCACGUCCGGGGCAUGCUGGUGCGCCGGCAGUUGGCGCGUCGCGAGGCGGCGGCCACGAAGCUGCAGGCCCUGUGGCGCGGACAGCGGGAGCAGCAGCGAUAUAGGCAUCUGCGCAAGGGUGCCCUCACCGCCCAGAGACUGUGGCGCGGACGCCAGGCCAGGAGAAGGGUCCAGCAACUCCGAUCCGAUCACCGGCGGCGGCAGGAGGCGCGGGAAGCGGCGCAGCGGGCGAGGGAGGCCCGAGAGGCAAAGCAGGCGGUGCUGGAGAGGAGCCAGCUGAGCUACCUGGACAUACCCGCCGAGCUGGCCUUCAUCUACUCCAAGCUGCAGGGCUGGUCGCCGCCGCAUGGCGACCGGAAUCUGGUGAAGGUGCUGGGAACAGUGCCGGGACCUCCGAACGCCGCCAUGCAGCUGCCCGAGGACCUGGCCCAGUUCUCCUUCGGCAAGUUCAGCAGCGUCUACUGCAACGGGAUGCGGCUGCAGCCGCGGAGGGAGCCCAUCACGGCGCCCUUCCUCUCGAGAGCCGCGUCGCGGGACCAGGACUUCCAGGACGCCCUGGCCGUGUUCAAGCUGAUACUGCGCUGGAGCAACGACAAGUCGCUGGAGGGCGCCAAGGAGAAGCUCCUGGCCGACUACAUCGUCCACAAGGCGCUCAGCUCGCGCGGCCUGCGGGACGAGAUCCUGGUGCAGCUCUGCAACCAGGUGCACGGCCUGCCCCCCACCUCCGUGGAGGCCACCCGGCUGUGGCAGCUUCUGGGCCAGUGCCUGUGCUGCUUCCAGCCCAGCGCCGCCUUCAGCAAGUAUCUGAUGCGCUUCGUGGACGACGAGGCGCCUGCGAAUCUCCGGCCGCUGCUCCUCCGCCAGUUGCUGCGCCAGUCCGGCUCCGGAGGCCAGGCGGCCGGCGGCGGUGCCGGGAGGAGCUUCGUGCCCGCCUGGCUGGAGUGGCGCGCCUGGACGCGGGGCUGCGACAUGGCCCUGCCCCUCACCCUGCCGGACGAGGCCAGCCAGACGGUGGCCGUCGACUCGUGGACGAGUUGCGAGGAGGCCGCCGCCCUGGCCGUCUCCUCGCUGGGCGUCUCCAGCCGUGGCUGGACUCUGGUCCUGGACGACGGCCAGCAGCUGACCGACAGCUGCGGCCUGGACUACGUCAUGGAUCUGAUUGCCGAGAAGGAGCUGUGCCCGGCCUUCCCAGCUCCCAGGAGCGACCUGCUCCGGUCGGGAGCCAAGUUCGCCAGGACCCCGUUGCCGGAGGCCGUCAAGCGCCCAGCCGUGCCGCCUCCAGCCCCGCCCACUGCCGGAGGAGCCAAGGAGGAGCUGCCGCGAGAGCGACGCAGCAGCCGGGAGCUCCUGUCCCGGAGCUCGGCCCUCAACGAGCGCUACUUCGAGCGGGAGCCUAGUCCGGGUCCGGGGACGAGUUCCGGCCAGAGCCAGGCCAAGUCGCGCUCCAAGUCCCUGGACGACCUGCUGGCCGGAGACAUUGCUCCGGUCCAGACGGACUGCGACUCCCAGGAGCCGCUCCACACCCUCGGACUGUCGGAGAGCCGCCUCAACGACCGCUACCACUCGGCGGAGCGACUGGCUCCGAUGGGGAAGGAGACGGCGCCGCGCUACCAGAAGUCCCAGCACGCCGGAAGGAGGUCCCACGCCGCCUCCCACGGCUCCCACUCCAGCAAGUACGCCGACAAGGCGGAGUACGCCACCCGAUCCUCGGCCAUGUCGGACACCAGUGAGGCUCCGUCCCUGGCCUCGCACGUCCGGCGGGUGAGAGUGCCCUCGCAGGCCUCCGAUGUGGACCAGUUCCUGGACGACUUGUUCAGCCCGGUGCUGGACGGUUCUCUGGACGAGCUGUCCGAUGCCAGAUCCCUGGCAGCCAGCAUCCGGGGAAGCGGCACAAAACAGCAGCAACAUGAGGAGGAGGAGGAGGAGGACUCUGACCUGGAGGAGCUACAGUCGGAAUCGGAGAUCGAGGACCUGGAGGACUACAUCAACGAGCUGAUGCCCAGCCACCUGGCAUCAGAGAACCUCUGCAACCUGAAGAAUAAGGAGAACCUGGUGGUUGCCAUCAAGGGAGGCGGCAGCACCGACAGCAACGGAGCGGAUCCCCUGCUCCACCAACUGAUGCAACUGCCGGCGGAGACCGACUCCGCUCCGGCCCUCUACCAGCAGCAGGUGCAGCGCGCCUUCCUCCAGUCGGCCAUGGCCCAGAACCUGCAGAUCCAGCAGCAGCUCCUGGCCCAGAACCAGGCCCUCCAGACCCUGCUCAGCCAGCAGGCGGCAGCAGCGGCGGCGGCCACCAGUUCCGCCUCCCCACCGCCGCCCCCGGUCUCGGGAUCCGGCGGAGUGCUCAGUAGCCUCUCCAUUUCGCCGCCGCCACCCCAGUCCCCACUGCGGAUGAAGACCACGCGGAGCAGUCUGGUGGUGAUGGAGUCACUGCAGCCACCAGCACCGCCACCACCGCCGCCGAUGCCGCCGCCACUGGAGUGCAAGGAUCCGUCGGAGACGCGCCACUUCCUGGAUCCCUACGGACGCGCCAAGACCGUCCGGAUCGGCAAGUGGCGCUGGCCGCCGCCACAGGACGAGCCCCAGUUCCAGACCGAGGAGGACUUCUUCGCCUUCAAGAUGCGCCAGCAGCAGCGGAAGACCACGCCCCAGGCCCAGCACCACUCGCACCACCAGGCGGGCAUCAACGGUGGUCCGGGAGGCGCCUCCGCCACGGCCAUCGAGUGGGAGGAGUUCGAGAUCGAGAGCCCGACGCCGCCGCCGCUGAUGGGCGGCCAGCCGCAGCUGAUGCGGAGCAGCAUCCGGCUGGAGACCAGUACCAGUACCACCACGGCCAUCACAACCACGUCGGGAGCCGGAGCCGGCCGGGAUAUGCAGGAUGCGGGCGGGCCACCGCCGCUCCAGAGUGUCGUCACGACCACCAAGCUGGCCAAGAAGAGCUUCGAGAUCGGAGCCGAUCGCCCGCCUCCGGGCAGCGUGGGCAAGCUGAAGCUCAGCUCCGAGAUGCGCCAGCGCCUGGAGCAGGUGACGGCGGGCCACUCGGUGCGCUCCACCGUGUCCACCAAGUCGGAGCAGCGGGCCCCGGCCAAGCUGGAGGACACCCGGAAGCUGAUGCUCCAGCAGCAGCUGGGAGGCCUCUUUGCCAGCGUGAGUGGCGGUGCAGGAGGCGGUGGUGGCUCUGCUCCUGGUGGCUCCAACGAGCCGCACGCCAUCCCGGUGCGCGCCCAGAUCGAGCGAAUGGAGGGCAAGUUGUCGCCGCCUCCCGCUCCGCCCUCGGGCGGAUGGCCUGGCGUGCUUCUGCCCCCGGCUCCGAGUGUUCCGGCUCCGCCGCCACCCAUCCGGCCGCCCAGCAUGGCCCCGCCUGCUCCUCCGCCGGCGCCACAGAGUCCGCCGACGACCAGGAGCCCGGAACCGGAGCCAGACUACCGGAUAGCCGGCGCCAAGGAGCACGUGCCGGCCUUCAUCCAGCGCCAGGAGCGCGACACCUUCGGGGCAGUGCGUACGCAGCAGCACCACCCGAUGAUGAACAGCAGCAGCCACAACCUGCACCUGGAGGAGCACCACCACCACCACAACCACUCGGCCUCCUCGUCACCGGCAGCCGCCGGCUGGGAGCAGUCGGAGCGGGAGAGAUCGCGCAGCCGGAGCCGCAGCCGGGAUCGGGAGGACUACUCCGAGUCGGUGUGGGACCGGGCGGAGGUGGAGGGUCCCGCCUCGGGCAGUGGCAGCGAGAAGGAGCGCGAGAAGCGGGAGCGCGAGCGGGAACGUCUCUACGAGCUGCGCCAGGUGGAGCGGGAGCGGGAGAGUCACAAAGUCUACCAGCCGGCACCGCCGCGGGUCAUCCAGGCCAGUCUGGACAACACGGGCCGGAGGGAUCGAGAACGGGAGAGGGAGCGGGAGCGGGAACGAGAGCAGGAACGCGGCCCGGCCACCUUCCGCACCCACAUGGCCCAGAAGUACGAGCAUGAGCGGAAGCGCAAGAGCUCGGCCAGCUCCGGGAUGCGUGAGGAGCUGGACUCGAUGCGUUCUCUGGCCACGCCGCCGCCGGCCGUCAUCGUCCCGGCCCCGGUGCCGCCUCCGCCCGCCGUCAGCCCGGGCCCGGGCUCCGGGGCGGGCGCCAGUAGCGCCUGUCUCACCUACAACCGGGUGCCGUGGAAGCUGCGCGUCCGCAAGGAGGUCUUCCAGCCGCACGAGCCGAUCGGGCCGCCCGUGGCCCUCGAUCUGCUCUUCGCCCAGGUGCUGGGCGACGUCUUCGGGGUGACGCCGUGCCUCCGGAUCACGCCCCAGGAGAAGAGCUCCGCCCUGAACAUGCUCCACGGGCAUGGCGUCAGUGUGGACACGCUGUCGGCGAGGAGUACCGGCGGAGCCGGGCAGCAGGUGCGGGCUCUGGUGAAGCGCCACCUGGUGGACAUGGCGCGCGACUGGCCGCUGUACUUCGCCCGCCUGUUCGCCGUCCAGGGCGCACCCCUCUACCCGGACGUGAGCAUCAUGGGCGUCUCCCACAGCGGCCUGUACCUGGCCCGGCGGGACGCCGACUACCUGAUCGUGGUGCAGGCCAUCUCCUUCGGGGAGAUCCAGAGCGCCGUCACCCUGCCGCGCCCGGCGGCCCUCCAGCUCAACCUGAGGAACGGCAAGCACCUGGCGCUCCACGCCUCCCGGGCAGCCGCCAUCCAGUCGAUGGUCACCACUUUUGUCCAGGAGUUCCGUAAGUCUCAAUCGAAGGCCUCAACUCUUUCGUCGGGAGCCCGGGCCGCCGCCCAGACCCUAAAUGUGCCGCUGGAGCGCCUGGAGUCCCGCCAGGCGCACAACCAGCGCAACGAGCACGGCGUGGAGGGCUCCUCCUCCCGCCAGAACGACUCCCAGCAACAGCAGCUGCAGCAGUCCUCCAACCAGAUGCAAUCCUUGCACCACCAACAGUCCGAGCUGCACCACCACCUGCAGCAGCAGCAGCAGCUGGAGCAGGAGGCUCUGGAGGAGCAGCAGCUGGCCUCGGAGCACCAGCAACACCAACAGCAGCAGCAGCACCAGCAGCAGCGAUUCCUCAAGCAGCAGAGCUAUCUGCACUCGGCACGGAAAUCGAACGCCGGCCAGCAGCCAUCCUCCCUCACAAAUGGACAGAGUCAUCACCAGCAGCAGCAGCAGCAGGAGCAAUUGCACCAGUCCCUGCCACACCACGACCUGGACGCCAACUAUCUGCAGGACGAGAGCAAUGGCGGCACUCCGCCCUCCGUCACCAAGUACUCGUUGCUCCAGUUUGCGAUGCAACAUUUCCGUAACGACCAACUGAGAGAUGCAGAUCGUCACCAUGAGAGGCAUCAGUCUGCCGCCAAUCGGUCGUACGCGGAGCUCGUCAAGUGGCAAGGACAUGCGAUCAGGCUGCCCCUCCUGCGGCUCCCCAACGAUCUGGCGCCCCUGGCUCUGGAGUGCUUCGACUGCAUCCUGCGCUACUGCGGCGACAUACCCCUGGAUCCCGACCUCACCGAGGUCAAGUGCGUCUACACUGUGCUCAUGCACUGUCACAAAUAUCUGGCCCUCCGCGACGAGGUCUACUGCCAGCUGAUGAAACAGACUACGGCCAAUAGAUCGCCCUGCCCGGACAGCUCGCAGCGCGCCUGGCGACUUCUCAGCAUUCUGGCCGCCUACUUUGGCUGCUCGGAUGCACUGCGUCCCUACCUGAUGGAGCACCUGACCUCGGCGGCCUCGGACAGGAGGCGUUCCUGCCAUGGCACCGCCGCCGUUUGCCUCACGAAUCUCCGGAAGACAGCACGCUGCGGCGGCCGGAAGAACGUGCCCAGUGUGGAGGAGGUGACUGCCGUGUCGGCUGGAAGGUCGGCCCGUCGCCAGAUCUACCGGCUGCCGGGAGGAGCGGAGCGCGUGGUGAACACUCGCUGCUCCACCGUGGUGGCGGAUGUCAUUGCGGAGUUGUGCGCCCUCCUGGGCGUGGAGUCCGAGGCCGAGCAGCAGGAGUUCUCGUUGUACUGCAUCGUCCAGGGCGAUGCCUUCACCAUGCCCCUGGCUGCGGACGAGUAUAUUCUGGAUGUGACCACGGAGCUGCUGAAAUCCGGCCAGCCCUUCUACCUGAUCUUCUGCCGAUCCGUGUGGCAUUUCGCGCUGAAGCGAGAGCCCGCUCCGCUGCCUCUCUACGUGGAGGUGCUCUUCAAUCAGGUGGCUCCCGACUAUCUGGAGGGUCUGCUGCUGGAGCUGCCGGGCAACGGAGUGCCCGUGCCGGAGAUGGUGCGCGACAUGGCCCGGAUAGCCGCCCUCCUCCAUCGCGCCGCCGACCUGAGCCACGUCCCGGCCAUGAAGGAGAUCAAGUUCUUGCUGCCCAAGCCGGCGCUGGGCAUUCGUGAGAUCCGUCCCGCCCAGUGGGUGGGCCUGGUGCAGUCCGCCUGGCCGCAGGUGGCGGGCCUGAGUCCCGGCCAGGUCAAGGCCCAGUUCCUGAAUGUCCUGGCAGCCUGGCCGCUCUUCGGCAGCAGUUUCUUUGCCGUGAAACGUAUCUGGGCGGAGGAGGGUCCCCACGUGGAGGACAGUCCCAUGUGGCGCGACCUCAUCCUGGCGCUGAAUCGCAGGGGUGUGCUCUUCCUGGACCCCAAUACCCAUGAGACCCUGCAGCACUGGAGCUUCAUGGAGGUUAUAUCGACGAGGAAGGUUCGCUCGGAGGAUGGCGCUCUCUUCCUGGACAUGAAGGUCGGAAAUCUGAUGCAGCAGCGCGUGAUCCGCGUCCAGACGGAGCAGGCGCACGAGAUCUCCCGCCUGGUGCGACAGUACAUCACCAUGGCCCAGAUCAGUCAGCGGGACAAGCGGGAGCUCAACUAAUCCCCUCCAGAGCAACCCUCCAGAGCAACGAACGAACGCCCCAUAUUAUUAUUAUUAUGAUUAUUAUUACGAUUAUUAUUAUUAUGAUUAUUAUUAUGCUGAUUAUUAUUAUUUUAUUGAUAUUCGAUCGAGUAACCGAACA